CUUCAAAGUUCCAAGGUAUAGAAUUCCCCGAACAACAAUAGGGGAAGUCCCAGUUCCUCGCUCGUCUCAAACUCCGCCGUCGAAUAAAAGAUGCAGUCCGUUUACCAGCGGUUGCGCCACCACCACUUCGACCAUUCACCUGCACAAAUUGCCUCAUUCAAAUCGCUUAUUCCUCUUUCCGAUCGGUUUAAUGGAGCAAAUGAUUCGAGAUCCGCUUCUACACUUGCCACCAAAGGCGUGGGUCAUCUAGUUCGCAAGGGCACUGGUGGAAGAUCAUCCGUUAGUGGCAUUGUCGCUACGGUCUUUGGCGCUACAGGAUUUCUUGGGCGCUAUUUAGUGCAACAGCUUGCUAAGAUGGGUUCUCAAGUGCUGGUUCCUUUCCGAGGCCCUGAGGAUUCUCAACGUCACCUUAAAUUGAUGGGUGAUUUGGGUCAGAUUGUUCCCAUGAAAUAUAAUCCAAGAGAUGAAAAUUCUAUAAAGGCAGUGAUGGCAAAGGCCAAUGUUGUCAUUAACCUCAUUGGAAGGGAGUACGAGACCAGAAAUUUUAGUUUUGAGGAAGUGAACCAUCAUAUGGCUGAGAAGCUUGCUGUGAUUGCAAAAGAACAUGGUGGUAUCAUGAGAUACAUCCAAGUUUCGGGCUUGGGAGCAUCACCAUCAUCUCCAUCCAGAAUGCUUAGAGCUAAAGCAGCUGCUGAAGAAGCUAUCUUACGAGAACUACCCGAGGUCACAGUUAUGAGACCUGCUGUGAUGAUUGGUACAGAGGAUAGGAUAUUAAACCCAUGGGCACACUUUGCUAAAAAGUACAGCUUUCUCCCACUUAUGGGGGGUGGAUCAACUAAAAUUCAGCCUGUAUAUGUAGUUGAUGUUGCUUCUGCUAUUAUUGCCGCCUUAAAAGAUGAUGGAUCCAGCAUGGGAAAGACUUUUGAACUUGGUGGACCAGAGAUUUUUACCAUUCAUGAAUUAGCGGAACUUAUGUAUGACACCAUUCGUGAAUGGCCUCGCUAUGUGAAAGUUCCUUUUCCUGUGGCUAAGGUACUUGCAACACCCCGUGAAUUAUUGGUUAAUAAAGUUCCGUUCCCAAUGCCUGUCCCUACCAUAUUCAAUCUCGAUCAGAUUGAAGCCCUUUCCACUGAUACAGUGGUUUCUGAUAAUGCUUUAACAUUUGAGGAUCUGGGAAUUACGCCGCGCAAGCUGAAGGGUUACCCAACCGAGUUUCUCAUACAAUACCGUAAAGGUGGACCACAGUACGGUUCAACAGUUAGCGAGAAAGUAUCGCGAUCAUGGGAUUGAGGUUGAGCCUUUUUAGCAGACAUUUGAGGUAGGGACGUUUGUUGCCUGCAUUCCUGCUCCAUUCUGUAUGAUAAUGUUGUGACCUCAUUGUUGUGGCGAUGGUGGAAAAUGCUAAUCAGCUGAAACUUGUUCAGUUGGUUUAAAUCUAUAAUAAACGGAUCAGUUCAACCUCCAAAGCCAGGUUGAGAGCGCCAAUUUCUUUGAAAAGUCAAGCUCUUCAAUGGAUAAUUGAUACUACUAGUAUUUUUAUUUCUUUUUACCCUUUUAUUUUUCAA